CUUACUGGCUGCAGAUGAAGUUUUCAGUCACACUGCACCGUGGGACUUUUUUUUUUUUAGGAAUUCAUAUUAAGCACUCAGACUCUCUUAUCUCCUGACUGAGAUGUUGCGAUGUUCCGUGCAGCCUUACAAAGCGUGGACUUGUUUUGGCUGAUUUUGUUUUAUUUUGUUUUCCUACCGGAGACCGGCUGUAGAUCAGCCGAUGUGGACAGCUGUCAUGAGGUGAAGACAGCCUACAUGAUGCGCCAAAUAGGCCCGGUGGAGCUGGUGCCAGACAGGCCGGGAACAGAUGAGUCUCUGCGAGUGUGUGUCCACCCUGGGCCCAGCUGCUGCACCAGUAAGAUGGAGGACAGCUACAUGGCGGCAGUUCGCAGUGAGACGCAGCAGAAGAUGCGAUCCUACAGCUUUGAACUUAAGUACCUGAUCGCUGGACACACCAAGGCCUACCAAGCCAAAAAAUCAGUGGACGACAGUGGCAGCUGCGGAAUGGACGGCGGCAGGAAAAAUGUCAGGCCCCUUCGGCCACGCCCAUCCUCGAGCCUCCUGGUCAGAGGCAGCUUGUCCGUGCGCUCAGCGGUGGGCCGCGGCAGCACUGAGCCCGGAGCCUUCGGGCGGGGGCUUUGCAGACUGGGCGGCAGAGGCUUUGUUGGAGCGCGGAAAGAGGAGGGGCGACGUUAA